AUCCCUUCUUCAUCAAUGGCGUUGAGCUACUACUCCAACUGGACCUCUUUUCAGCAGCCAGACUACUCCGGCGAUGAUCCAGAGCUCCAAUCUCUGUUGAACCCGGACGACUAUUUCGCCGACUCUCUUCUCUGCGACGAUCUCACUUAUCAUGCUAAUGGACUUCCCUUGGAAUUGGAUAAUCUCACAACUGCAACCCAACCCCCACCCUUUCUUUUGCCGCACCAACAACCCUUGUUCCACUUCCCCAAACGCCACAAGCUCUACGAUUACUCGCUGCCGGAAUUUGUCUUGCCGCCGCCGUUGCCUCAGUUCCCUGCCGCGGAUUUCAGCUGUGAGAGCGCCAAGAACGAAACGAGCUUAUCCGCGCAGAGCAUCGCAGCCAGGCAGAGGCGGCGGAAGAUCACAGUGAAGACGCAGGAACUCGGGAAGCUGGUUCCCGGCGGGCAGAGGAUGAACACGGCGGAGAUGCUGCAAUCCGCCUACAACUACAUCAAGUUCUUGCAGGCGCAAGUUUCUCUCCUUGAAUUCCUUGGUUCGCAUCAUCAGGGUGAAGAAGAGCUCCAGAAUCUUCUAGAAUCUCCUUUGAUUCAAGAAAAGCUAUACUCCACUCAACAUUGCUUGCUUCCAAUCCACAUUUGCUGGAAAAGGAUCAUUGAAGGACGAAAUUAACUCACGCCCGCUGCCUAGCUAGUUCUAAUUGUUUUAGUUUAGGCUAAUCUUGAUUGUUUUAGUUUAGGCUGAUCUUGACUUCUAUGUUGUUUAGUUCCAUUUAAGGCAAACUCUUCAUGCCUUGUGUUUUUUAGUUACUUGCUUGUAUUCUAGGAUAUAUGUUAGGUUAAAUAGGCUCUUUACUUGAGGAAAAAAAUGUUGUAUUUUUUUCUUAGUGUAAGUAUCCUGAUCCUAACAUUACAUUAUUCAUAUACAAUGAGUAUGCA